UCCAACAAUAGCGAGCAGUCUCUUCCCAAAGCAACACACAGGAUGGCGCUUGGUUGGGCAGUGCUGUGGCUCAGCCUCUGCUCUGGACUGUCUACUGCAUCCAAUGUCACGGUUCAUGCAGUGACCAAAUUACCAGUAGUUACAGAACUGAAAACGUCCCACGACGACCAGUUCUGCAGCACAUGGGGAAACUACCAUUUCAGGACCUUCGAUGGCAAUUUUUUCCAACUUCGCUCCAACUGCAACUAUCUCCUGGCAUCCAACUGUAAAGGCAGCUACGAGGAUUUCAACAUCCAACUGCAGCGGCAGGACAUAGGCGGCAUGGCGGCCAUAAAGCGGGUCACGAUGAGGUUGAAUGGAGUGGUAGUGGAACUGUCCAGCUCAUCCAUCGUCGUCAAUGACCACCUGGUGGCACUGCCUUUCAGCCAGGUUGGCAUCUCAAUCGAAAGAACAUUCUCCUACGUUAAAGUCGAGGCAACGAUGGGUGUGGUUGUCAUGUGGAAUGAAGAAGACACAAUCUGGGUUGAGUUGGAUGCGAAAUACAAGAACCAGACCUGUGGCUUGUGUGGCGACUUCAAUGGAGAUCAGGUUCAGGAAUUAGGGGACAUCGAGGAUGUCGGGGAGGCCUGGAAAACCAACGGUCCCACUGAAAACUGUGAUGAAACGUUUUCUCCUGAGCCACAGAUCUGCUCCAAAAUUCAGAGAUCCAUCUGUCAGAACGCCAUCUCAGGACCUGCUUUCCACAGCUGCGAAGACUUAAUAAACACGGACGCUUUUGUGGACGCGUGCGUGAAGGACUUGUGCAACUGUAAUGGCUCCAGUCCGUGUCUGUGCUCCACCAUGUCCGAGUACUCGCGCCAAUGCGCUCAUGCAGGAGGGGAGCCACAGGAAUGGAACGCCCAUAUAUGCGCUAAAAAAACAUGCCCACUUAACAUGGUGUACAAAGAGUGUGGGAGUCCCUGCACGGACACCUGCAGCAACCCACAGAGGAGUGAAGUGUGUGAGGAACACUGCGUGGAUGGAUGCUUCUGUCCACCUGGGACUAUCUUGGACGACAUUGGUGGAAGUGGGUGUUUGCCUGUGGACCAGUGCUCUUGCGUACACAACGGUCAGCAGUACCAACCUGGAGAAUCGUACUCAAAGGCCUGUCAGUCAUGCACUUGUACUCAGGGUGAAUGGAGGUGUAGUGACAAGGACUGUCCUGGUAUGUGCUCCGUCCUGGGAGGCUCCCACAUCGCCACCUAUGAUGAUAAGACAUACAGUUUCCAUGGUGACUGCUCCUAUGUUUUAACAAGGCAGGUGAAUGGGACCUUCACUGUCCUAGGGGAACUUGUCAAAUGUGAAAAAUCGGAUAAAUCAACUUGCCUGAACGCAGUCGCUCUGGUGCUGCCACAAUCCCUGGUGGUUGUCGUGGAAGCAAGCGGCCAAGUUUUGGUCAACAAACUCGUUUCUCAGCUGCCUCUCUUCACGGAUGACAUAACAAUCUUCAGCCCCUCCACAUUUUACAUUGUGAUCCACACGGUCUACGGGCUUCACCUGGAGAUCCAGCUCACGCCCAUCAUGCAGGUGUACAUCAAAGCCGACGUGUCCCAUAAAGGCAAACUCCAUGGACUUUGUGGGGAUUUUAACAAUGUUGAAGUGGAUGACUUCAAAACCAUAUGUGGAAUGAUUGAAGGGACGGCUGCUACAUUUGCCAACUCGUGGAGGGCUAAAGGAGGAUGUUCAGACGUCAGCAAAUCACUCGGUGACCCCUGCCUUUUGAGCGUUGACAAAGAGAAAUAUGCCAACCACUGGUGCUCCUUGCUGACCAACACAACUGGGGUGUUUUCCAAGUGUCAUUCCGAGAUAAACCCAGAAGAAUAUUUCACUUCCUGUAUCUACGACACAUGUGCCUGUGAAAACAGCGAGGACUGCAUGUGUGCUGUCAUGUCCUCCUAUGUUCACGCAUGUGCCGCCGCUGGUGUCUCCUUGAGUGGCUGGCGGGAGGUGGCGUGCAAAAAAUACACAACAACCUGCCCUUCCACUUUCGUGUUUGACUACCACAUGACAAGCUGUGGCCGCACAUGCCACUCUCUGAGUAAGGCGGAUUUAACCUGUGAGGUGAAGUUUACGCCCGUGGAUGGCUGUGGCUGCGCGGAGGGCACUUACCUCAACGAGAGGGGGGCAUGUGUGCCAGCGUCCCAGUGCUCCUGCCAUGUAGGGGACAUGGUGGUGCGGCCCAAGCAGACCAUCAGGGCUCAUGGACAAAUUUGCUCCUGCCAUAGUGGAACAUUAACCUGUGCAGGAAACCACACAACUGAAACCUGCAGUGCGCCAAUGACUUUCUUCAACUGCUCAAGUGCAAAGCCAGGUGAUACGGGGUCAGAGUGCCAGAAAACCUGCCAAACUUUGGACACAGAAUGUGUCAGCUCACAUUGCGUCUCAGGCUGCGUCUGCCCUGCUGGUCUGUUGUCCGAUGGUAAAGGAGGAUGUAUUGAGGAGUCCCAAUGUCCCUGCACGUACAAUGGACAAUCCUACCAGGCUGGACAGACUGUUAAAGUGGACUGCAACACCUGCACUUGCAAAAGCAGACAAUGGCAAUGCACCGAACAGCAGUGCGAUGGAACCUGCACAAUAUACGGGGAAGGCCAUUACAUCACCUAUGAUGAGAAGAAAUUCUCCUUCAAUGGGGACUGUGGUUACGUCUUCACUCAGGAUUACUGUGGGGACAGUAAGGAUGGCACCUUCAGGGUCCUGACUGAGAGCAUUCCAUGUGGGACAAGUGACAACAUCUGCUCUACUGCCAUCAAACUCUUCCUAGGGAAAAAUGAAAUUAUCCUUAAAGAGGAAAAUGUCAAAGUUAUCAAACAAAACAAAGGGUUAGACAUACCCUAUAAAGUCCACACUAUCGGUAUGUAUGUUGUCAUUGAGGCAAAGAAUGGACUUGUUCUGAUCUGGAAUAAAAAGACGACGGUCAUGAUUAAACUUAGCUCCACAUUCAAGGGGAAAGUUUGUGGUCUGUGCGGAAAUUACGACGGUAGUGUCAAAAAUGAUUUUACUACCAGAAACAAAGAGGUUGUGGUGGACGCCUUCAAGUUCGGAAACAGCUGGAAAGUGUCCCCGGGCUGUCCCAACACAAACGCGCUAAAAAAUCCCUGCGUGCUGUACUCAAACAGGCAGGCGUGGGCUCUGAAACACUGCAGCAUCAUCAAAAGUGAAAUAUUUGAUGCUUGCCAUUCAAUGGUGGAUCCACAGAAUUAUUACGAUGCCUGUGUAAAAGAUACAUGUGCCUGCAAUACUGGAGGAGAUUGUGAAUGCUUCUGCUCAACUGUUGCUGCCUACGCAGCCGCCUGUAAUAAGGCUGGAGCUUGUAUAAAAUGGAGAACACCCACUAUAUGUCCUGUAUUCUGUGAUUACUACAAUCCUAAGGGUGAAUGUGAAUGGCACUACGAGCCUUGUGGAAAACCAUGUAUGGAAACAUGCAGGAAUCCCUCAGGACAAUGCUAUACACAAAUCCCACCAUUAGAAGGCUGCUAUCCAAGGUGUCCCCCGGAACAACCGUAUUUGGAAGAGGAAACAAUGAAGUGUGUGUCGAGGGAAGACUGUGGAUGCUAUGAUGACGAUGAGAAUCACUAUACAGAAGGAGAGAUAAUGCCUCAAACAGAAAACUGUCAGACGUGUAAAUGUAUUUCAACAAAGAAGGAGUGUACCUAUGAUGCCGAAGCUUGCACUUGCUCAUAUAAGGGGCAAAUAUACAAGUAUGGAGAAAUUGUAUAUGAUAUUCAUGACGGAGAUGGAACCUGUAUUACUGCCUAUUGUGGAGAACAUGGAAAUAUUACAAGGGUGGUUAGGCCGUGCAGUUUUUCAACCACACAGCAGCCAACGACAACUGAAUUUGUGUUUGUGACAGAAAGACCGAGUUCAACACCAGCAACCACAAAGGCCCAUACUACAACAACUAAAAAACCCAUCAAAACAACCAUCCAGCCCACAACAUUCACAGAAGAGCCCACCACUGUAACAACAACCACAGAAAAGCCAUCCAUACCAACGACUGUACCAACAAACCCAACCACAGUUACCACCACAACCACAAAAAACCCAACAUCAAAACCAUCUGACUGUGUCGUUUGUCACUCUUCACCUUGGAUCAACAAUCAUUAUCCUGACUUUUCCCCUGACGGUGGAGAAUAUGAAUCAAUUGGUAAUAUGACCGAUCCAAAUCUGAGUGAAUGUGAACAACCACUUCAAAUAGAAUGCAGAGCUAAACAGUACCCAGAUUUAUCUUUGGAUGAACUGGAUCAGAAAGUAACAUGCAACCCUACAGAUGGACUGAUCUGUCAUAACAAAGACCAAGGCAGCCCUCCAAUUUGUUAUGAUUAUGAGAUACAACUCAAAUGUUGCAUUAAUGAGUGUAUCACGCCAACCAAGGUUCCAACUACAAGUGAAACAACAUCUGCAAUGACAACAGAAAAAUCCAUUUCUACUGAAGCCACAACCACAGAAAAGCAUACGACUAAUGCCAAAACAACUACUGCACCCACAGAAAUACCCACAAGUACAGAAGUACCAACAACAACAACCAGAGUUACAGAAAAACCUACCACCACAGUUACGCAAAAGGCCAGUACUACUGUUGCUGUAACCACAGAACACCCCACAACUGUGGCUGCCACAACCAACCAAGCCACUGAACGUCCCACUACAACUACUGAAAGACCAACAACAUUUACAGAGUUCCCAAGCACAACAACUGAACGACACACCACAACAGUUGCAGUUACAGAAAAACCCAGCACUGCAUCAACAGAAAAAAUAAGCACCAUUGCUGCAACAACAGAAAUACCAACCACUGUCACAGAAAAUCCCACAACUACAGAGAGACCAACCACUGACACUGCAGUGGUAGAAACAACCACCGCCUCAGAAACGAUUGGAACUACCUUGACUACAGCCAAAGUCACAGGAAAAUUAACUACAGAAGAGCCUAGAACCACAGCCAAAACCACAGAAAAACUGACUACUGAAGUUACAAAGAAACCAACCGUAGGAACGACAGAAAUGGUAGCCACAACAAAGCCAAAAAGAACAACCACAGAAAGUUUUACCACAACCGUAGUUACAACAACAGGAAAACCCAUCACGACAACACCUGAAGUUGUUACAUUCACGGUUGUUACAUUCGCACCAUCGACAGGACCCCUAGUCACAUCUGCAACUAAGGCCCCAACUACUACAGCAAAACCCAUCAAAACAACCAUCCAGCCCACAACAUUCACAGAAGAGCCCACCACCCUAACAACAACCACAGAAAAGCCAUCCAUACCAACGACUGUACCAACAAACCCAACCACAGUUACCACCACAACCACAAAAAACCCAACAUCAAAACCAUCUGACUGUGUCGUUUGUCACUCUUCACCUUGGAUCAACAAUCAUUAUCCUGACUUUUCCCCUGACGGUGGAGAAUAUGAAUCAAUUGGUAAUAUGACCGAUCCAAAUCUGAGUGAAUGUGAACAACCACUUCAAAUAGAAUGCAGAGCUAAACAGUACCCAGAUUUAUCUUUGGAUGAACUGGAUCAGAAAGUAACAUGCAACCCUACAGAUGGACUGAUCUGUCAUAACAAAGACCAAGGCAGCCCUCCAAUUUGUUAUGAUUAUGAGAUACAACUCAAAUGUUGCAUUAAUGAGUGUAUCACGCCAACCAAGGUUCCAACUACAAGUGAAACAACAUCUGCAAUGACAACAGAAAAAUCAAUUUCUACUGAAGCCACAACCACAGAAAAGCAUACGACUAAUGCCAAAACAACUACUGCACCCACAGAAAUACCCACAAGUACAGAAGUACCAACAACAACAACCACAGUUACAGAAAAACCUACCACAACAGUUACGCAAAAGGCCAGUAGUACUGUUGCUGUAACCACAGAACACCCCACAACUGUGGCUGCCACAACCAACCAAGCCACUGAACGUCCCACUACAACUACUGAAAGACCAACAACAUUUACAGAGUUCUCAAGCACAACAACUGAACGACACACCACAACAGUUGCAGUUACAGAAAAACCCAGCACUGCAUCAACAGAAAAAAUAAGCACCAUUGCUGCAACAACAGAAAUACCAACCACUGUCACAGAAAAUCCCACAACUACAGAGAGACCAACCACUGCCACCGCAGUGGUAGAAACAACCACAGCCUCAGAAACGAUUGGAACUACCUUGACUACAGCCAAAGUCACAGGAAAAUUAACUACAGAAGAGCCGAGCACCACAGCCAAAACCACAGAAAAACUGACUACUGAAGUUACAGAGAAGCCAACCGUAGGAACGACAGAAAUGGUAGCCACAACAAAGCCAAAAAGAACAACCACAGAAAGUUUUACCACAACCGCAGUCACAACAACAGGAAAACCCAUCACGGUUGUUACAUUCGAACCAUCGACAGGACCCCCAGUCACAUCUGCAACUAAGGCCCCAACUACUACAGCAAAACCCAUCAAAACAACCAUCCAGCCCACAACAUUCACAGAAGAGCCCACCACCGUAACAACAACCACAGAAAAGCCAUCCAUACCAACGACUGUACCAACAAACCCAACCACAGUUACUACCACAACCAAAGAAAAAACAACAUCAAAACCAUCUGACUGUGUCGUUUGUCACUCUUCACCUUGGAUCAACAACCAUUAUCCUGACAUUUCCCCUGACGGUGGAGAAUAUGAAUCAAUUGGUAAUAUGACCGAUCCAAAUCUGAGUGAAUGUGAACAACCACUUCAAAUAGAAUGCAGAGCUAAACAGUACCCAGAUUUAUCUUUGGAUGAACUGGAUCAGAAAGUAACAUGUAACCCUACAGAUGGACUGAUCUGUCAUAACAAAGACCAAGGCAUCCCUCCAAUUUGUUACGACUAUGAGAUACAACUAAAAUGUUGCAUUAAUGAGUGUGUCACGCCAACCAAGGUUGCAACUACAAGUGAAACAACAUCUGCAAUUACAACAGAAAAAUCUAUUUCUACUGAAUCCACAACCACAGGAAAGCAUACGACUAAUGCCAAAACAACUACUGCACCCACAGAAAAACCCAAAAGUACAGAAGUACCAACAACAACAACUACAGUUACAGAAAAACCUACCACAACAGUUACGCAAAAGUCCAGUACUACUGUUGCUGUAACCACAGAACACCCCACAACUGUGGCUGCCACAACCAACCAAGCCACUGAACGUCCCACUACAACUACUGAAAGACCAACAACAUUUACAGAGUUCUCAAGCACAACAACUGAACGACACACCACAACAGUUGCAGUUACAGAAAAACCCAGCACUGCAUCAACAGAAAAAAUAAGCACCAUUGCUGCAACAACAGAAAUACCAACCACUGUCACAGAAAAUCCCACAACUACAGAGAGACCAACCACUGCCACUGCAGUGGUAGAAACAACCACAGCCUCAGAAACGAUUGGAACUACCUUGACUACAGCCAAAGUCACAGGAAAAUUAACUACAGAAGAGCCGAGCACCACAGCCAAAACCACAGAAAAACUGACUACUGAAGUUACAGAGAAGCCAACCGUAGGAACGACAGAAAUGGUAGCCACAACAAAGCCAAAAAGAACAACCACAGAAAGUUUUACCACAACCGCAGUCACAACAACAGGAAAACCCAUCACGGUUGUUACAUUCGAACCAUCGACAGGACCUCUAGUCACAUCUGCAACUAAGGCCCCAACUACUACAGCAAAACCCAUCAAAACAACCAUCCAGCCCACAACAUUCACAGAAGAGCCCACCACCGUAACGACAACCACAGAAAAGCCACCCAUACCAACGACUGUACCAACAAACCCAACCACAGUUACCACCACAACCACAGAAAAAACAACAUCAAAACCAUCUGACUGUGUCGUUUGUCACUCUUCACCCUGGAUCAACAAUCAUUAUCCUGACAUUUCCCCUGACGGUGGAGAAUAUGAAUCAAUUGGUAAUAUGACCGAUCCAAAUCUGAGUGAAUGUGAGCAACCACUUCAAAUAGAAUGCAGAGCAAAACGGUACCCAGAUUUAUCUUUGGAUGAACUGGAUCAGAAAGUAACAUGUAACACUACAGAUGGACUGAUCUGUCAUAACAAAGACCAAGGCAUCACUCCAAUUUGUUACGAUUACGAGAUACAACUAAAAUGUUGCAAUAAUGAGUGUGUUACGCCAACCAAGGUUACAACUACAAGUGCAACAACACCUGUAAUGACAACAGAAAAAUCCAUCUCCACUGAAGCCACGACCAAAGAAAAGCCUAUGACAAAUGCCAAAACAACAAUUGCACGCACAGAAAAACCCACAAGUACAGAAGAACCAACAACAACAACCACAGUUACAGAAAAACCUACCACAACAGUUACGCAAAAGGCCAGUACUACUGUUGCUGUAUCCACAGAACACCCCACAACUGUGGCUGCCACAACCAAACAAGCCACUGAACGUCCCACUACAACUACUGAAAGACCAACAACAUUUACAGAGUUCCCAAGCACAACAUUUGAACGACACACCACAACAGUUGCAGUUACAGAAAAACCCAGCACUGCAUCAACAGAAAAAAUAAGCACCAUUGCUGCAACAACAGAAAUACCAACCACUGUCACAGAAAAUCCCACAACUACAGAGAGACCAACCACUGCUACUGCUGUGGUAGAAACAACCACAGCCUCAGAAACUAUUGGAACUACCUUGACUACAGCCAAGGUCACAGGAAAAUUAACUACAGAAGAGCCGAGCACCACAGCCAAAACCACAGAAAAACUGACUACUGAAGUUACAGAGAAGCCAACCGUAGGAACGACAGAAAUGGUAGCCACAACAAAGCCAAAAAGAACAACCACAGAAAGUUUUACCACAACCGCAGUCACAACAACAGGAAAACCCAUCACGGUUGUUACAUUCGAACCAUCGACAGGACCUCUAGUCACAUCUGCAACUAAGGCCCCAACUACUACAGCAAAACCCAUCAAAACAACCAUCCAGCCCACAACAUUCACAGAAGAGCCCACCACCGUAACGACAACCACAGAAAAGCCACCCAUACCAACGACUGUACCAACAAACCCAACCACAGUUACCACCACAACCACAGAAAAAACAACAUCAAAACCAUCUGACUGUGUCGUUUGUCACUCUUCACCCUGGAUCAACAAUCAUUAUCCUGACAUUUCCCCUGACGGUGGAGAAUAUGAAUCAAUUGGUAAUAUGACCGAUCCAAAUCUGAGUGAAUGUGAGCAACCACUUCAAAUAGAAUGCAGAGCAAAACGGUACCCAGAUUUAUCUUUGGAUGAACUGGAUCAGAAAGUAACAUGUAACACUACAGAUGGACUGAUCUGUCAUAACAAAGACCAAGGCAUCACUCCAAUUUGUUACGAUUACGAGAUACAACUAAAAUGUUGCAAUAAUGAGUGUGUUACGCCAACCAAGGUUACAACUACAAGUGCAACAACACCUGUAAUGACAACAGAAAAAUCCAUCUCCACUGAAGCCACGACCAAAGAAAAGCCUAUGACAAAUGCCAAAACAACAAUUGCACGCACAGAAAAACCCACAAGUACAGAAGAACCAACAACAACAACCACAGUUACAGAAAAACCUACCACAACAGUUACGCAAAAGGCCAGUACUACUGUUGCUGUAUCCACAGAACACCCCACAACUGUGGCUGCCACAACCAAACAAGCCACUGAACGUCCCACUACAACUACUGAAAGACCAACAACAUUUACAGAGUUCCCAAGCACAACAUUUGAACGACACACCACAACAGUUGCAGUUACAGAAAAACCCAGCACUGCAUCAACAGAAAAAAUAAGCACCAUUGCUGCAACAACAGAAAUACCAACCACUGUCACAGAAAAUCCCACAACUACAGAGAGACCAACCACUGCUACUGCUGUGGUAGAAACAACCACAGCCUCAGAAACUAUUGGAACUACCUUGACUACAGCCAAGGUCACAGGAAAAUUAACUACAGUGCCUAGCACCACAGCCAAAACUACAGAAAAACUGACAACUGAAGUUACGGAGAAGCCAACCGUAGGAACAACAGAAAUGGUAGCCACAACAAAGCCAAAAAGAACAACCACAGCAAGUUUUACCACGAUCGCAGUCACAACAACAGGAAAACCCAUCACGACAACACCUGAAGUUGUUACAUACACGGUUGUUACAUUCGAACCAUCGACAGGACCUUUAGUCACAUCAGCAACUAAAGCCCCAACUACUACAGCAAAACCUAUCAAAACAACCAUCCAGCCCACAACAUUCACAGAAGAGCCCACCACCGUAACAACAACCACAGAAAAGCCAUCCAUACCAACGACUAUACCAACAAAUCCUACCACAGUUACAUCUGAGAGUACAACAACACGUGUAAUGACAACAGAAAAGGCCAUCUCUACUGAAGCCACGACUAAAGAAAAGCCUAUGACAAAUGCCAAAACAACAAUUGCACGCACAGAAAAACCCACAAGUACAGAAGAACCAACAACAACAACCACAGUUACAGAAAAACCUACCACAACAGUUACGCAAAAGGCCAGUACUACUGUUGCUGUAACCACAGAACACCCCACAACUGUGGCUGCCACAACCAAACAAGCCACUGAACGUCCCACUACAACUACUGAAAGACCAACAACAUUUACAGAGUUCCCAAGCACAACAACUGAACGACACACCACAACAGUUGCAGUUACAGAAAAACCCAGCACUGCAUCAACAGAAAAAAUAAGCACCAUUGCUGCAACAACAGAAAUACCAAUCACUGUCACAGAAAAUCCCACAACUACAGAGAGACCAACCACUGCUACUGCAGUGGUAGAAACAACCACAGCCUCAGAAACUAUUGGAACUACCUUGACUACAGCCAAGGUCACAGGAAAAUUAACUACAGUGCCUAGCACCACAGCCAAAACUACAGAAAAACUGACAACUGAAGUUUCGGAGAAGCCAACCGUAGGAACAACAGAAAUGGUAGCCACAACAAAGCCAAAAGGAACAACCACAGCAAGUUUUACCACAAUCGCAGUCACAACAACAGGAAAACCCAUCACGACAACACCUGAAGUUGUUACAUACACGGUUGUUACAUUCGAACCAUCGACAGGACCUUUAGUCACAUCAACAACUAAAGCCCCAACUACUACAGCAAAACCUAUCAAAACAACCAUCCAUUCCACAACAUUCACAGAAGAGCCCACCACCAUAACAACAACCACAGAAAAGCCAUCCAUACCAACGACUAUACCAACAAAUCCUACCACAGUUACAUCUGAGAGUACAACAACACGUGUAAUGACAACAGAAAAGGCCAGCACUGCUGCAGCCACAACGACAGAAAAGAAUACAACUAUGGCCAAAACAACCAUUACACACACAGAAAAAACCACCACAGCUACAGAAGUACCAACGACAGUUACAGAAAAACCUACCACCACAGUUACGCAAAAAGCCAGUACUACAGUUUCUAUAACCACAGAACACCCCACAACUGUGGCUGCCACAACCAACCAAGCCACUGAACGUCCCACUACAACUACUGAAAGACCAACAACCGUUACAGAAUUCCCAAGCACAGCAACUGAGCGACACACCACAACAGGCGCAGUUACAGAAAAAAUAAGCACCAUUGCUGCAACAACAGAGAUGCCAACCACUGUCACAGAAAAUCCCACAACUACAGAGAGACCAACAACUGCCAUUACAGAGGCAGAAACAAUCACAGCCUCAGAAACGAUUGGAACUACUUCGACUACAGCCAAAAUCACAGAAAAAGUAACUACAGUAACUACAGAAGAGCCUAGCACCACAGCCAAAACCACAGAAAAACAAACUACUGAAAUUACGGAGAAGCCAACUGUAGGAACGACAGAAAUGGUAGCCACAACAAAGCUAAAAAGAACAACCACAGAAAGUCCUAGCACAACCGCAGUCACAACAAAAGGAAAACCCAUCACGACAACACCUGAAGUUGUUACAUACACGGUUGUUACACUUGCACCAUCGACAGGACCCUUAGUCACAUCUGCAACUAAAGCCCCAACUACUACAGCAAAACCCAUCAAAACAACCAUCCAGCCCACAACAUUCACAGAAGAGCCCACCACCAUAACAACAACCACAGAAAAGCCAUCCAUACCAACAACCAUCCCAACAAACCAUACCACAGUUACAACUGAGAAGAUAACACAUGUAAUGACAACAAAAAAGGCUAGCACUGCUGCAGCUACAACAGAAAAGCAUACGACUAUCACCAAAACAACCAUUACACCCACAGAAAAACCCACCACAGCUACAGAAGUACCAACAACAACUGCAAAAAAACCUACCACCACAGUUACACAAAAUGGGAGUACUACUGUUGCUCUAACUACAGAAAAGCGUACAACUAUUUCUGCCACAACCAACCAGACCAGUGAACUACCUACCACUACUACAGUAAGGCCAACACGAGUUACAGAAUUGCCAAGCACAGCAACAGAGAAACAAACCACAACUGUUGCAGUAACAGAAAAACCCAGCACAGCAUCUACAGAAAAAAUAACUACCAUUGCUGCCACAACAGAAAUACCAACAAUUGUCACAGAAAAUCCCACAACUACAGAGAGACCGACCACUACCACCACAAUAGUAGAAACAACCUCAGUCUCAGAAACUAUUGGUACUACAUGGACUACAGCCAAAGUCACAGAAAAAAUAACUACAGUGACUACAGAACAGCAUAUCACCGCCGCCAAAACCACAGAGACACUGACCACGAAAUCUACAGAAAAACCCACCAAUGUUACUACAGAAAAUGUAAAGACCACAGUCAUAACCACAUCAGAAAGGUUUAGUACAACAGCUGCUACAAACACGCAGGCAACACAAAAGCCUUUGACAACUUCUAGGUCUUCGACAGCAGGCCAAACCACUCAGUGCUUCUGCAAAUAUUUGGGUCACAUUUUUUAUCCUGGGACUACAAUUUACAAUAAAACAGAUGAGGCAGGCUGGUGUUUUACAGCCUAUUGUAAUAUGACUUGUCAUGUUGACAAGUAUAUCGGACUGUGUCAGUCAACCACUUCGCCAAGUCCUACCACAACCUUAACUACGCCCGCCAUAACGACGCAAGUUAUCUCUACAACCGCCAGUACAGCAGCUCCUCCUAAGGACUGUUCCUACCUUGACCCACCAAGGAAGCAUGGUGAAACGUGGAUUCCAAACAACUGCACCAUAGAAAUGUGUGACGAUGGAAAAGUGCUAUCAGAACACAAGCCGUGUGACCCAGUAACCAUACCAGUGUGUGAAAAUGGUCACCCCCCAGUGAGGGUUUAUGAUGAAGAUGGUUGUUGUUUCCAUUACGAAUGCAAAUGUAUUUGCACUGGCUGGGGAGAUCCACACUAUAUCACAUUUGAUGGUCAAUACUACAGCUUUCAGAAAAACUGUACCUACGUUCUGGUUAAAGAGAUCAUUCCUAAACACAAUUUUAAAGUCCUGAUUGACAACGAAAACUGUGACGCCACUGGAGAAGUUACCUGUGCCAAAAGCUUGAUUGUGUAUUACAAAAACUACGAAGUGGUUCUCACACAGGAGAGGAUCCCAACGACAGUAAACAUGGUGUACGUCAAUGGCAAGAAAGUCGUCCCAACUUACUCCAACGAUGACCUUAUCAUCACAAGUAGUUCAAUAGAACUCCUUCUAAGAAUCCCUGCGAUCGAUGCAAUUGUGAUGUUCAAAGGCCUUUUAUUCAGCGUCGAUUUGCCAUACUCCCUUUUCCACAACAACACAGAGGGACAGUGUGGAACAUGUGACAAUUACAGAAAGAAUGACUGCAGAUUGCCUGGUGGUCAGAUUGAUCCUUCUUGCCCCGAUAUGGCUCAUGAGUGGAACGUACCAGACAAGAACAAACCAUACUGCAAUAAGUUGCCUGCUCCAACGACACCACUUCCAACACCAACACCACCAACCUGCAAGCCAAAAAUGUGUGAAAUAAUAAUCAGCAAGCUGUUUGAGGAUUGCCACAAAGUCAUCUCACCACAAUCCUUUUAUGAGGCUUGUAAAUUUGAUGUCUGCCAAAUGCCAAACACUACUGUGGGAUGCUCCAGUGUGGAGGCGUAUGCUAUGACAUGUGCUGAGGCAUCAGCAUGUGUAGACUGGAGGGGUGCUACAAAUGGGAAAUGCGAAUAUACAUGUCCUGCAAAUAAAGUCUACAAAUCUUGUGGGCCAAUUGUUGUACCAACUUGCAAUGCAAGAUACAAUGACAAGUACACACAGGAAUGCCAGGGAGAAAAUAAUGUCCGGAAAUCAGGUUGUAAAGCAUUUGUGGAGGGAUGUUUUUGUCCACCUGGAACAACCUUGUUCAGUUCCAGCUCCAACCUCUGCGUCUCAUCUUGUUGCACUGGACCUGAUGGCCAACCAAAACAGUUAGGUGACACGUGGCAGACUGGCUGCCAAGAGUGUGUCUGUGAUGAAGACACGCUCAAUGUGCAGUGUCAGCCUCGUGUGUGUCCCUCUCAACCAUCCACAGUGUGUGACAAGGAGGGCGAGGUGUUGGUGAACCGUACAGUGGACUGCUGCCAAACGCUGACAUGUGAAUGUGAUAAAAACAGCUGCCCACUGCCACCUGCAAUGUGUCCAGUAGGAUUUGCAUUAACGAUACACGUCGCAAAUGAUAGCUGCUGCCCCUCCUAUGAUUGCGUUCCCAAAGGUGUUUGUGUUUUCAACGACACAGAGUACAAGCCUGAAAUGCAAUUUUCCAAAGAUGCAUGCGAGACUUGCUUUUGUACCGGAGCUCAAGAUCCAGAAAGCAAGUUGAACGUGGUGGAGUGUCAUCAGAAACAGUGCUCCGUUCAGUGUCCAGAGGGUUCUGAGUAUCAAACUCAACCUGGGGAAUGUUGCGGCACAUGUAAAAAGACGAGCUGUAUUGUUGAGCACCCAGGCGUUGUUCCAAUCAUUAUCAAGCCUUCUCAGUCUUGGUGGCCACCAAAUGACAAUUGUACCAGGUAUGACUGCCACAAGGUGAAGGAUGAGAUCAUCACCUCCAUUAACCAAACCCAGUGUCCUGACUUUGAUCCGGAGAACUGUGUUCCUGGAACAGAACAAAAUGACAUCAAUGGUUGUUGCAAAACAUGUACUCCUCGUUCCAACUGCAAAAUGAACAGGAACGCCACCUUCUUGCAGAUAAAUAACUGCAAGUCAGUAGUGCCAGUGGAGGUAACGAUCUGCGAGGGAUCCUGUGGCCCGUCAACAUCAAUGUACUCUUCAGAGAGCAACAGCCUGAUGCACUCUUGCUCCUGUUGUCAAGAAACGGCUACAAGCAAGAAGGAAGUGGAGAUGGUUUGCUCUGAUGGCAGCAAGAAGAAACACUCCUACAUUUCCAUUGAAAAGUGUGGCUGUCAAGCAGCACAAUGUAAAGAAAACACGACAGAGUAAUUAUGUCAUCAUUAGAAUGACAUAAGAAAAACAGUCAUUUCAUUCCAAUAAACAUUUUCCUGUUGCAAUGUUG